AUGGCCGAAAUUGCGGUGGUUCCGUCGUGUCGGGUGGUGCUGGGCGGCGGCUCGCAUUUUAAUGGGAGGCUGACUAACCUAAGUCCAAAAUUGCAAUGCCGGAUGCUGAGACCACGGCCGAUGCUAGUAAAAACCCAAAUGACGAAUGCUUCUACUUACACUUCCAGAAUUUCUACUGAUAUUCCUCUUUAUGAAAUCGCUGGGGCUUCAUUUGAUCAGUAUUUAGAUGAUAAGCCAAGGGUAUUUAGAGCCAUUUUUCCUGAUAAACGAAGGAGCCAACAACUUAAUGAGGAAGAGUGGAGAAUACAUAUGCUACCUAUAAAAUUUCUAUUCCUCACUGUAUAUCCUGUAAUUGACAUGAGGUUGAAAUGUAAAUCAAAUGGGACAGGAUACCCACCUGAGGUACCCUGCCAUAUCUCAAAGCUUCUUGAGCUUGACAUUAUUAGAUGGGAACUUCAGGGGCUAGACGAAAUGCUUGAGCCGUCUCAGUUUUCCCUUGGUGUAAAAGGGGCCCUAUAUCCUGAUAGAAGUGGACUGCGUAGUAGGCUCAAAGGUCAACUACAGAUGAGCAUAAGCUUUGUUCUACCCCCUAUGCUUGCUUUGGUCCCUGAAAAUGUUCGACGGGAUGUCUCAGAAUCAGUCCUAAGGGGAUUGGUGGAGAACAUGAAGAAUAAAGUGAAUUGCAGCUUGAUUUCCGACUAUAGCGAAUUCAAGAGGGAAAGACCAAAGACUUUAACAUAA